AUGAAACGAGACACCACCAUCGCCGGCCGCUGCCCGAGUCUCACAAACCAACUUGCCUUCAUCCGCACCAACGAAUCAGCAAGUACCAGCCAGACCGUCGACCGCCAAUUGAUCGUCAUGAAGUUCUCUACUCUCGCCGUCACCACAUUUGUCGCUGUCACGGGCGUCGCAUCCGCCAACGACUACCAGCCUGCUCUCAGAGCACUCGCCGUGGCUGAACCUGCUGCUGUUGAUGAGCAUAACGCGCAACUCGCUGUUGCCAAUCCGCCGGCUGACGCUGCCGAAAAGGAACACGCCAACGCCAACGUCGACGCCGAUGACAAGAAGAAGAAAGAAUGGUGGGGCGGCGGAUUCGGAUGGGGAGGCCCGUGGGGUGGCUGCGGUGGCUGGGGUGGUUGGGGAUGGUAA